CAGGCAGUCCCCACGGGCUCCAUACCAGGCCCUGGUGUGCGCGCUGCUCGCCGGCGACGCCCGCUGCGUGGACUCCCUGGGCGGUGUGCUGCAGGGGCUGCAGCUGCCGCCCAUCCUGUCCACCAUUGAGGACUUCAUGUGGGCCAAGCUGGUGCUGGUGGGGGCGGGCAGCGGCGGGGCGGGAGGGGCGGCGGCAGCGGGGGGGCCCCCGGCGGCGGGUGUGCCACCCUACACGCUGGCGGACCUGCAGGCGGACAUCAACAGGUGGCCGCCGCAGUACUAUAGCAAGCAGAACCGCGAGCCGCUGUUGUAUGUGACGGUGCUGGUGCUGAGUCUGCAGCUGGGUGCUGCCGUACGCUUCCUGUGGAAGGAUGAAACCACGAAGCCGUACAGAUUGGAUGCCGUACAUCUCGGGCUGGCGCUGCAGGCGGAGGGGGCGCUGGCGGUGCUGGGUGGGGGCAGCGGGGCAGCGCAAGACGCAUCAUCGGCAGCCACCCCCUCCGCAGCCCCCGGCUCCUCCACAUCCUCCUCCUCCGCCGACGUUGCCUCCAUGGCCCUCCAAUACGGCCGCAAGUUCCUGGCAGCGGGCGACAGCGCCACCGCACUGCACUACUACUGG